UCCCACUUUGCCUAAAUAGGGAGAGCCGUCAGCGGGCAGCGCUGGUCUGUUGGGAGGCGAAGCAGCGGCAGCGGCAGAAGCAGAAAAGCCAGCGGUAGCAGCGCUCGCUGCAGGAGGCAGGAACCGCCCUACAGAAGCAGCCCAGGGCUCUGGCAUGGGACUUUGCCCUGGCUGAUCAGCAGAGCACCCGCAGGCCAAAAACAACCACAAUAACAACAUGGAAGAAUUCUUGCAGCGCACCAAAACAAAGCUGAGUCGAAAUAAGCACAUGGACAAAGUACACGUAGUCCUUGGAAAGAAAUCCUGUGAUUUGGAUUCUCUCAUUUCUUCUUUAACAUAUGCCUACUAUCUUGAAAAGAUCAGUCCACCUAACAUUCUGUGCUUGCCUAUACUGAACAUACCGAGAAGAGAGUUCUGCUACCACACAGAAACUCAGUUUAUUUUGGAAGAGCUGAAUAUCCCAGAGUCUCUUCACGUCUUCCGUGAUGAAAUAAAUUUGUAUCAGCUGAACAAUGAUGGGAAAUUGUCUCUUACACUCGUGAACAGCAGCGCACUAACAAGUGAAGAUAAAAGUUUGGAGUCAGCUGUUGUCAGAGUCAUCAACCCUGAAGAACGAUGUGACGGCAACCUGGAGUUAUUAGAAUCAGCUUCCUCUCUCGUAGCAAAAGAGCUUCUCCAAAAGGCACCAGAGUUAAUCACUCAGCAACUGGCUCAUCUCCUCAGAGGGAGCAUCCUCUCUAAAGCCAUGGCCACAGAUCCUGAAAGAAUGAACGAAGAACAGGAAGAAGUGCUUUCAAGUUUGGAGGAGAAAUUCCCAGAGCUGCCACCCCGAGAGGAUAUUAUCACUGCCUUGCAGGAGGCUCAGUUUCAUGCAGAUGGUCUAAGGAUUGAGGAGGUUGUGCUCAAGGAUCUCAAAGAGGUGUCAGAUGGAGAAAUAAAAGUAGCAGUUAGUACUGUGUAUAUGAAUCUAGAGAACUGCCUGCUUCACAGAAACAUGACUGGAGACCUAAAAACAUUUGUAGAUAAAUAUGGUUUUGAUGUCCUUGUCAUUUUGGCCAGCUAUUUAUCUGAAGAAGGACAGGAAAAAAGGCAAAUAGCAGUUUAUUCAGAAAACAUGGAGCUGGGGAAUCAGAUCUGUUGCGAGUUAGAAGAAUGUCAGAAUCCCUGCCUAGAAUUGGAUCCUCUUGAAUAUGGAUGUGACCAACUUCUCAUUUAUGAGCAAGAAAAUUCCAUAGCAAAUUGUGAUGAAAUUUUUCUUUUAAUGAAAGAUGUUAUCAGCAGGAGACACCCAGAAAUGGCACCGAACAGUAGAACAUCUUCCACUGAAGCUGUUGCUGGAAGUGCUCCACUUUCCCAAGGGUCUUCUGGUAUUAUGGAGCUGUAUGGUUCUGACAUUGAACCACAGCCAAAUGUUGUCAACUUUAUAGAGAACCCUCAAGAUCAUAAUGGAUCUGCCCAAGCCCAUGCUGAUGUGAACAUAGAUCUUGUGAGUCCGGAUAGUGGACUUGCUACUAUUAGAAGCAGCAGAUCUUCCAAGGAGAGCUCAGUUUUUCUUAGUGAUGAUAGCCCUGUAGCUGAAGGGGCAGCAUCUCAUCACAGUUUCCUUUCUGGUUUUGAUUCCUAUAGCCCUAUUCCUGAAGGAGCAGUAGCUGAAGAAGAAAAACCUCAGUCUGGAAACAGCAGUGACAAUUUUGAUCUUUUCAACUUUGAUUUAGCUCCAAUGGCUACAGUUCAGACAGAAUCUUCUCAUUCAGUGGGCUGUUCCCCUGCUGAUGAUUUCUCCCAUGACAGUGGUUCAUCAGAAGAACAGCAACCAGCUGACUCAAAAGUGGCUGAUGAGAGACAUGUAUCAGAACGUGAUAUUGCAAAUUAUUCAAGUGAUUUACCAGUGACAAGAAAUGAAGAAGGCAUAGGAGAAUUUGAUGGAUGUAGCCACCAGCAAGAAAAUCCUAGAGAUUUUUCUAAAACAAAAUCAAGUUUGAUUGACUUGGAAAAUGAUUCUUCCUCUUUUAAUGAAUUAUUGAAAAGUGUUGAGAGAAGAACCCCACCAACCCCUAUGAACAGUCUUGUGGAAGCCUCACCUUUAGACAGUGGACCACCUUUAUUUUAUCCACAAGAUAUCAUUAAAAAAAUUAAUGAAAUUGAUCAUGUCAGCAGUUCUCAAUCUCGUGUUAGGUAUGGAAGCUGGUGGGAUGGUUUUGAAUUCAAUUCAAAAAAUGCUGAUACAUGGAGUUCAGCUGAACCAGAAUCUGUAUUUCAGGGUUCUGAUUCAUGGAAAGAUUCUAAAGCAGGUCCACUGAGGCAGCAAACAGAUAGAAGAGCUUCAGACUCAGUAUGUAUGCAAAACCAACCAAAGCAUAUGGAAUGUUCAAGAACAGGCAUUUGGGAGGAGAGGUUUAAUUUUGCCCAGAAUGAGCAUACUUUGGGAUACCAACAAAAAAAUAAUGAACAACAAAUGGAAGACUUUGCUAACAUGUGGAACUCCAGUCAGCCAGGUUCAUGGGGUAAUACCAACAGUAAUAGUGGACACAUCAAGACAGAUUCACCUAAUGUUUGGUCAAAGUUUGAUCAUGAUGGCUCAGAGGGUGCAUGGAAUAUUCCUCAGGUAGAGUUUGAUCACAUUUCACAAAAGAAUCUUGACACCUGGGCUAUGUCUAAGUGUUUGUCAGAACUGUCUGAAGACAAUGAAUGUGAAAAUCUAAACAAUCAAAUAGAUUUACAAUCCAAAAACCAAGGGCAAGAUAGUUCAACAGAAAAUAACAGAGCAUAUAGAAAAACAAGAUCUGAUCCUGGCAAUAUGCAAAAGAAUGUUAAAGUGGCCAUGGAACACCCAAAUGACACUGUACAUAAGGCCAAACAGUUUGACAGUACAGAUGGAUGGGGUAUGUAUGACUCAAAUGUCAGAAAAGAGGUACUUGGAAACUUUGUCUCUUGGGAAGAUCCCUUCUUGUUAUACAGAGAUCCAGACUUCAUCUCAUCAAAUACAGGUGAAGAUUUGGUUGUUUCCCCACCAGAUACAAAUUAUUCAACGUCUGACUCAUAUAUAUCACCAACGGGGGUUGGAGAUGAAAGAGAAAUUGAGGGCAAACAUUCUGACAGAGAACCAAGUUUUGAUCAAAUGGGCUUAGAUGAACCUGAAACAUAUGAUUUAGCAGAUGAGAAAUCAUUACCAGAAACUUCUCCUAUAUGUCUGUCUGAUUCCAGUCGUGAAAAUAGAGACCCUUGGAAAUCACCACUUAAUAAUGAGAACCAAAUGGAAACUGCACAUUCUGAAGUUAAUAUUGUAACAGACAAUGUUUUAUUUGAUUCAGAACAAAAAAGUGCCACACAUUUUUCAGAUGACUGCUGUAUUGAUGAAAAUAGCCCUACUGGUUCUGAAGACUGUGGAAUAAUGCUGAUUUCUGCACAGAAAAAUGGUCACUCACCUCUAAAUAGUAUCAUCCACACAGCAGAAGAAGACCCUGAAAUGAGUACUGGAGUCAUCCUUGAGGACAGAAGGUUUCCCCAUUUGGGUAUAACUGACAUGAAGAGCACCAUUUUAGUUAGUGAUCAAGUACAAGGAAAUGAACAGUCAGACGACAGCCUUAAACUUCUAGAUAAACAGAUGGAACAAUGGGAUGAACAGCUUCAAUAUGAUCAACAGGCUGUAUUGGAGCAGAAUGACACUUUUUCUGCCUCAACACAAGGGGUCAUGGAAUGUGGAGGGACUGAUGAAGGAAGUAAACAGGUCACCCUAAACAAUAUUAAUGAUGAAAGUAUGCAAAAUGACAACACACCAUUAUCCCCUUUACUCCCUCUCUCAUAUGUUAAUAAUUCAGAGGAAAGUAGGCCAAUUUCUGAGUACUCCAGUUCACCAGAAAAAAUGAGAACUAGUAGAAGUCUAGAAGAAGUAGCAGCAGAAUCCCCUGAAAUAAGUAUACCAUUUCCCAAAUGGACUCAUCCUGUCCAUGAGGAAAAGAAGAAAGAAUCUCCAGAUAGCAAUGCAGAAUAUUUUGCUGUAUCUCCCAAAGACGAUAAUGAAUAUUUCGUACAUUAUAACAUAGUUGAUCAACCAAAACAUCAUUUGAGCAUUGGAUCUACAUCAGUUUCUAAAUAUUUUGAUGAGGAUCUAAAUGCACAACAAUACCCUGAGAUGGAAAGUUCUUCUCCAAGUUCCUCUAAAGAGGAGAACAAUCAAGAAAAGUAUUCUCCAUUAUUGGUUGAAAAUCAGGGUAUACGAAGUAAAUUGGAGAAGGAUGUUUCUAAGUUAGAGCCAUCAAGUUCAUUGCUACUUGAUGAAACUCAAGUAGCAAUAGGAGAAUGUCAGGGACAUUUAUUUGAAGAGUCAAUACCAGACUUGAAAAUGUGUAAAUUUGAGUUGGAAACUCCUGGAAAUAUUUCAGAAAUGCUAAUCAACCCUGAAACAUCUUUGGAGGGUAAAAAUCAAGAAAGAACAAUUGAAAUUUCACACAAUCCAUAUGCAGAACAUACUGAAGCCCUAGAUACAAUAAAUAUGUCUACAAUAAAAAAAUCAUUGUCAGAUGAUAUGGAUUCUUCCGAGAGAAGUGAAACAUCUGAAAGUCUGGAACCUGAGAGUAAGAUUUCAAAUGAGAAAUGCAUUGAUAUUGAAUCUCAUCAUGAAUUGUCCCAAAUUCUAGAUACUUGGAAUGUAUCAGUGAAUGAACAAGCGCAGUCUAAUGGAUUAAAUCCUGAGAUAAAUGAAGUGCUUGAAGUGUCAGAUACCAUGUAUAGUGUUCCAACAGAUAUACCACUCAAAAACACCUACAUGGAAGAGAACACCUGUAGUGAUUCUAUUAAUGAUUAUACACACUCAAGCGCAACAAGUCCUGAUGUAAGUGAUUCUUCUACAAAUAUACAUAUUUGGGACAACUUGCAAGCAGCUAAUAAAAAAGAAAAUGAAGAAGCUUGGGACCUCACAAAUGAUGGUAAAGUGGAAGUAUCUGAUAAAGAAACACUGGAAAAUAAAAGCCAAGAAGAAUCUGAAGCAAGCACUGAUCACAAAGUUCCUAAAAACUUAGACCUUUGGAAUGCUCAUGUGGAUGAUGAUACAGUGUCUUCUUUAUCAAGUCCUGGAAUAGAUGAAGAGCCAGAAUAUUCAAAUGUACAUCAGACAGGAACACAGCCAGAUCUGCACCCUGAUAAACUGGAGGUUGAUAUGAGAGAGCAGGAAUAUUUGGAGCCUCGUGAAGCAAGCCAUUCAGUUGAUUCAGAAAGUUCAGGUGCUCAACCCAAUUUAAAGGAAAAUGUCCAUCAAACUACAUUAAAUAAAAGUUCUGAAGAUGUUACUGCUUGUCAUACUUCAAGGGAGGAUUAUGUUGAUGAAACUUCUGAAAAUUUAGUGCAUUGGGGAACAAUUCAGAGUGAAUUAUGUGAUCAUAUCACGCAAAUGUCUGCUAUAAAUCAUGAAGAAAAUUAUGGUCCAAAGUCUUCAGAUGCAUGGGAUGUGCUAUUGCAAGGUAAUUCUAAACGUGCAUUAGAUGAAAAUCGAAGGUCCAUAGUAGAAGAUCUUGGGUUUCCAGAUGAUUCUUCAGAAUGGUGGAAAGUAGAAAGACAAGAUAAUAGUUCAAUGGAAGAUCAACAAUUUAAUUCCAAUCACAAUUUAAAAAUUAAUGAUACAGUAGCCACUGCCUAUGAUGCAUGGGGAGUACAUACAGAAAUAAAUGAAAAACUAAAAGCAGCAAAUCCCACAGAUGCUGCUAGAUAUGAAAAUGAAUCUACUCAAUAUAAUAGCGAAGGUGAAUGUACAAAUGGAGAACACUCAUUAACUAAACAAAACGAAGGAGUAGUUCACGGUACUGUAAACUCUGAAGAGUGUGAUCCAUUGUCACCAUCACAUAAGGAUGAAAGGGAUGUAAAUCAAGAAUCUUUUGUUACUUCUGAUAUAGAUCAAGAGAUACAACCUGUUCCAGAAGAUGGACAGUCAAGCCUGUUGAAUGCACUUGCUCAGGUAGAUCCAGCACUUGUUCUGUUCAGAGAUAAUAUGAAUACAACUUCCAGCAAUCUAAAUGAAGAAAACAUAGAAAAUCCUUUUGGUGAAAAACUGUUAAGCACUAUUGAAAAAUCUCCAUCUAAUCCUUCUCUACCUUUAAAAACAGCAAAGGCUUCCAGCCCAACAUGCAAUGAAGACAGAGUUCCACAAGAAAACUCAUUUGUUCCAGAUUUAUUACAAAAUAACACCCCUGGAGACGAUCAGGCAUUUAUGGUUGAUCCAGAUUUGUGGACUGAUGUUGAACAGCCUUUUAUUUUGAGAACUAACAGAGAAAAUCCUGAUAUAUUAAAUCACUGUGAUCAAGACAGUAGUUCACAGGCCUCAAGCAGUCCUGAUGUUUGCCAUGAAUAUGAAAGCAAGCAAACAUGUGCACAGUCUUCUGUUCUAGCUGAGCCUGAAGAAGCUACUCAGAUGUCUCCCAUGCUGUCAGAUAUAUAUGAAGACACAGCCUUUGAUUUUAAUCAGCACCUGGCAAUUGACAGAGAAGAGGUAUGUCCUGAAGGAAAGAAUCCAUGUCUUCCAAAUAAUUAUGAAACAAGCAAUAGUGAAUCCUACCAACUAACAGCUCCUAGAACUGAAGAACCAUCCAAAAUUGGAAAGGAAACUAUUAUGCAGGAAUCUGAUGAAGCAAAGAAAACAACAGUUGAACUAGUGGAUCUGCCAAGCCCCUAUACUGGAACUUUGGAAGCAGUACCCGUAACUCUGGAAAGCAAUGCAUUUGAAAAUAAAAGCUUUGAAGAACAAGGAGCCUCCAUUUCCAUAGAUAAGAUUAAAUCUAUGGAUCCUGGCGUUACCCCAGUUUUGCCCACAGGUGAUUCUGUAUGUGAUAAUCAAAUUUCAGCCUUUGACCAUAUAGCAGGGAUGCCUGACCAACCGGAAUCAUCCAGUACACAUAUUAGUAUUGGUGAAGUUGGAAGAGAUCAUAGGAUCAAGAAGAUAUCAGUUACUAAUCCUCUGACAAUGUUAGAGAAUGAAUCAGAAGAAAGAACAGAAAUACAUGCACCACUCACAAAGAAACAUUCAUUGCAAGCCUCCCUAGAAGAAGACAAUGAAGAUUUCCUAUAUGGUACAGAAAGUCAAUAUGCUACUAAUAUUAUAUCGGAACCUGAAAAUAUGCAAGAGACUCAUAGCCCAUGGUUUAUAGAAUCACCUGCUAAGCUAUCACCACUUGCAUGUACUUCUCCAUUUGAUUUAUCAUUUGGUACAGAAUACACUCUUCAAAAAGGUGACAUGAACAUUUCAGAAUCUACUAGUAUUGAUACAAAAGAUGAAGUUGCAGAAUGUUCUCAAGUAGACCAAGGUUGGGGAUCUCUGUUGUUAGAAUCUGAUGGGACUCCUGGAUCUUCAUGCACUUUGAAAGGAUUUGAGUAUGAAACAGAUUCAAGUAAUAUUGAAUCACCAGCUGGUGGCAGUGGAAUUAACAUUUCAGAAUGUAAAACUACUGAUGUCAAAGCUGAGACUGCAGAAUGUAUUCAAGAAGAUCAAGGCUGGGGAACACUUUUGUUAGAAUCUGAAGAGACAUGUGAACCUUCUUAUGUUUUGAAAGCAUUUGAACAUGAAAUCAAUUCAAGUAAUAUUGAUUCAUCAGCAGGUGAAAGGAAUCUUUCAGAAUCUAAUCCUGGUGAUUCCAAUGGCAAGGCUGGGGGAUGUUCUCAAGAAGUUCAAGACUGGGCAUCUUUAUUGUUAGAAUCUGAAGUGACUCCUAAGUCUGCCGAUUCUUUGAGAGAAUUUGAAUACGAAGCAGAAUCAAUUCAUAUUGAUUCACCAGCAGGUGGAGUCAUAAGCACAGCCAAUGAAGCUCCUUAUGAUGCAUUUAAUAAUGACGAUAAAGGGUCCAAGUCCACAGAUAGCACAGAGAUAACAAGGGGGAAAAACAAGGAAGAAGAUACAAAAUUAGAGGAAGCCAAAGAUCAGUCUUCACUAGAGAUGGAUUAUGUUGUCAUUAAUGGUGAAGAAAAUGUAUCUUUGAGGAAAGAAAUCUUGGUAACACGAGAAAGCAAUUUCACUUCACAGGAAGCUCCUGCAGUUGCAAAACAAAUGGAUUCUCUUGAAACCUUUUCAGCAGACUCCUCAGAUACAUUUCAGUCAAUCUCCAUAAUAAAUGAAAGUGAAGGGCAGUCUGCACUGGAAACUGAAUGGGAUUCUUUUUAUUUAGCAGAGAAAAGUUCUGCUGUUGUGCCUCAAAAAUUAGGAGAUGAAAAGAAAUCGCCCAGAAGCCCUGUGCAAGAUCAGGAAUGGACAAUGGUGGGCCAAAAUGGAGCGGAUGAUAUAUCACCUGAAGAAACCUGUAGCAGGACAGACACAACAGACUCACUGUCUAGACAUUCUGUUCAAGAAUCAGAAGAACUUUUAAGCCAUGAACUGAGCUCUGAGACACAAGCUGAAACUCUAGUAGAGAGAAAGCCUCACAAAUCAUUGGAACAAGAGGAUGACAUUUCACACAAUAGAGGGACAGAUGCUCUUUGGCUACAAGUUGUUGCUGGUGAUGGUGAAUUGGAUGUCCAUUCACGACAAUGUCCUGGAGAUGGCAUGGAAACAGAACAAGAAACGGAAGAAGAGACUGAAUUCGUUGGCAGUGGAAAAAAAUGCAGUCAUGUAACAGGAUUGGUACCAGAGGAUGUGGGAAUGGAUAUCCCCUUUGAUGAAACUAUGCUAGGCUCUGGUGCUGCAGACAUGAGACCUGAACCUCCUAAUUCCUUAGAUCUUAAUGGCUCCCAUCCCAGAAGAAUAAAGCUCACUGCUCCAAAUAUCAACCUCUCUUUGGACCAGAGCGAAGGAUCUGUCCUCUCUGAUGAUAACCUGGACACUCCAGAUGAAAUUGACAUCAAUGUAGACGAUCUUGACACACCAGAUGAAGCAGAUUCUUUUGAAUAUGCUGGACAUGGUAAUGAAUUAAAUUGGGAAGAAGAGCAGCCAGCCAUUAAGGAAGCUCCUCAGGAAGAAACUGAAUCCAUCCCAGAAUAUACUGCUGAGGAAGAGCGUGAAGACAACAGGUUAUGGCGAACAGUUGUCAUUGGAGACCAGGAACAGAGGAUUGAUAUGAAAGCUAUUGAACCUUAUAAAAAAGUCAUUUCUCACGGAGGAUACUAUGGUGAUGGUCUAAAUGCCAUCAUUGUGUUUGCUGCAUGUUUUCUACCAGACAGCAGCCGAACUGAUUACAACUAUGUCAUGGAAAACCUUUUCCUAUACGUAAUAAGUACUUUGGAGCUCAUGGUUGCUGAAGAUUAUAUGAUUGUUUACUUGAAUGGAGCAACACCAAGGAGAAGAAUGCCAGGACUAGGGUGGAUGAAAAGAUGUUACCAGAUGAUUGACAGGAGGUUAAGGAAGAAUUUGAAAUCCUUCAUCAUUGUUCAUCCCUCUUGGUUUAUCAGAACAAUUCUAGCGGUGACGCGGCCUUUUAUAAGCUCAAAAUUCAGCAGUAAAAUACAGUAUGUCAGCACUUUGGCAGAACUCAGUGAACUCAUUCCAAUGGAAUAUGUAAAUAUCCCAGAAAGUAUUGUCAAGUAUGAUGAAGACAGGUCCUUUCAGAGAAGAGUAAGAGCGAGCUGUCUUUCAAAUGAGCCAGAAAUAACCUCAGUCCAGCAGGACAUUGACAUGAAGCUGAAAGGAAAUCCCUAACUUCCUUGGCAAACCGAAGAUUUUUUCCCCAUAUGUUCGAUGUGCCUGGGUCUUCAGGAUGGGGACAGCUUUGGCGUCUCAUUUGAGCACAGUCUUCCAGGAUCUUAUCUACGAGCCUUUUUCUAUUUCCAUGAAGUCUGUGCAAGAACAGUUCCUGGUAGAUUGUAACCUUUGUUGUCUGAUUACUCAGUCCUUCUUGAGAUUAAAAAAGAGGGGUUGCUGCUGCCGCCAGAUAAGCAGCGACAUGUGAAUUAUGGCUUGGUGUAUUAUUAUCUUCAGGGGUGUUAUGUGCAAUAAGGAAAUCUCUUUCAUUUUGGAUUUUUUCAGUUCCCAAUUAUGUUGCCAUCUAUGUGCCUCACCUGUGAUUUUGCUGAUUUGAUUUGUUGUUCCAUUUCGUCUUUAACAUAUUAACAUU